AAACGGGAACUGGCGGAGACGAGCGCGAGGCAAGAUGCCGCUAAGAUGGCAGCCGACCUUCAGAGGCAGAAGGACGAGGAGGAGAGACGCGCUCAGCUCGACUCUAAGAAGAUGCACCUGACGCAGCAGCAGCUGGAAGCUGAGAGACAGGCGCGGUUGGAAGCCGAGGAGCAGACGAGACAGCAUGCAGAGGUAGCCGAGCUAGAGCGACUGCAGAGACAGGAGCUAGAGCGCAUACAAGCGGAGCUGGAGCAGCUGCUGCUGGAUGAGAGACAGGCCAAGCGCGAUGAAGAGACGGUGCGCGCUCUGCAGGCGAG